AUGAAGAAGAAGAAGACGACGACCACGAUGAAAUGGCAAGACUAUUUUCCGAGGUGUUUCAGGGUUGAGAACGAGCCAAAAAAGGCUGUUUCUAAACAACCUUCAUUUCAGAGGAUUUCGUUAACGGAUUUAAGCAGUUCAACACUUUCCGAAGAUCUAUCUAUUUCUCUAGCAGGCUCCAACAUUCACGUCUUCACGCUUCAAGAGCUGAAACUGAUUACUCAGAAUUUCUCGUCCAGCAAUUUUCUUGGCGAGGGAGGGUUCGGGCCUGUUCACAAAGGCUUCAUUGAUGACAAGCUGAGACCGGGUUUGAAGGCUCAGCCAGUGGCUGUAAAGCUCCUCGACUUGGAUGGGACACAAGGUCAUAGAGAAUGGCUGACUGAAGUGAUUUUUCUUGGUCAAUUGAGACAUCCAAAUUUGGUGAAAUUGAUUGGAUACUGUUGUGAAGAACAACACAGGCUUCUGGUAUAUGAAUAUAUGCCGCGAGGCAGCCUCGAGAAUCAACUCUUCAGAAGAUAUUCGGUUUCGCUUCCAUGGUCGACAAGAAUUAAAAUUGCUCUCGAAGCUGCAAAAGGGCUUGCUUUCCUCCAUGAAGCUGAGAAACCUGUCAUAUACAGAGACUUCAAAGCUUCGAAUAUUUUGCUAGAUUCGGAUUACACUGCUAAACUAUCAGACUUUGGGCUUGCAAAAGACGGUCCAGAAGGCGAUGACACACAUGUUUCAACACGGGUUAUGGGGACACAAGGCAAAAAAUCAGUAGACAAAACCCGUUCUCAAAGAGAACAGAACUUGGCGGAUUGGGCUAGGCCUAUGCUGAAGAAUCAUAGAAAGUUAAGUAGGAUAAUGGAUCCGAGGCUGGAAGGGCAGUACUCGGAAGCAGGGGCUCAAAAGGUUGCUGCAUUGGCUUAUCAUUGCUUAAGCCAUAGGCCUAAGCUUCGACCUACGAUGAGUGAUGUGAUACAAGUUUUGGAGCCCGUGAAAGAUCUUGAUCAUGACGUCCCAAUUGGCACAUUUGUCUUUGCGGUUUCAACAAAUGGUAAUUCCCAAAAAGUAAGUGAAGAACACAAGACAAUGACGAAAGAAGGUGGUCACUAUCAUCAAAGACAUAAACUUCACGAAGGCCAUAAACAUCGGACUAAAUCUCCAACCAUUUACUAG